AUGGAAGUAAAUAUUUUAGCAACGUUUUUCAUUGCUUCUGUGACGCUAAAAUUAGGUCAGAGUCAUAUUUUAUCUAUCGCACAUUAUGAUCUUGAUGAAGCUGUCACUGAAAAUCUACCUUGGACUGUGAUGAUAGUAAGGAAAUCAAAGUAUUCUGCAAUAUUAACUCCGGAAAAUUUUUAUUACGGCUCUUUGAUACAUCCAAAAGCUGUUCUGUUCAUAUCGAUCUUCCCAAAAAACAGCCAAUAUCGAGCUUACCAUAAAACUUUCAUCAUAAUUGGUGGUUGUCAAAAUUUUGAAAUAAAAGAUAAUAACGAUACUCUAGCAAAUAAUUGUCAAACAAGGGAAGUAGCGGAUACGCUAGAAGGAACAUAUCAUGGUUACACCAAUAAUUCUACUCAACAACAAUUCUUUUCUUUAAUUAUAUUAAAAACACAAUUUGAAUUAAACGAUAAAAUUAACGUUAUUGAGUUAGAAAGCUAUAGUUCAAAAAUCGAAAGUAAUUGUUUUAUACCGGUAUUCAAAAAUUUAUACAGUCAUGUCAACAACCGGACAGUAUCAACUAUUAGUUCAUAUGAUAUCAAAAUGAUACACGAUUCAGGAUGGAUAUAUUUAACAGAAAAAGGAUACUUUGUGGAUAGAAAGCAGAGAACUGAAUCAGUCCUCCCACAAGGACACACAUGGAGGUUUCAACAUCGAAUAGAAAGUCCAGUAAUAUGUCAACGUAUCUAUAAUCCCAAUAAAUAUACACAAAUUGGAGCUUUGAAUGUUUUUAUAAGUCCUCAAGAAGAAAAAAAAGCGCAAAUCUAUCAACAAUCAUAUUUCGAUGUUGCUCGAAUAUACGAUGUAAUUUAUAGAAAGUUGAACGAUUACUUUAAGCCAAUUAGCGGCUCAGAAGAAGAAAAAUUCACUAACGAAAAAAAUAAUUUUGGUGAUACUGCAUGUCCAAUAAACUGUAAGCGUCAUGAUCCGAAAAAAGUUAACGCAAAAAUAACAGUUAAAAUUAAUGGCAAUGUAAAAAAAUCUGAAAAUAUUGUUUUAGAACUAUAAGCAAUAUAUACUAAAGAAUAUUUGAAUAUUAGAGACCAAAAUACCGUACGUGAGUAAGGGUAAACUUAAAAUUAUAGAUUCAUAGAUAUAAAUGGGGUAUUCCACGCCAAAUCGACCACUUUUGACCCCGACCCCUUUCGAUUUGGCUGAAAGUUUUUCAUCGUUUUCUACCCUAUGAAAAACGUUUCUCGUAAUUUUUUCAAAUUUUUUUACCCACCCAAAAAAAAGUUAUUAAUUUUUCAAAAAAACGGCCUUUUUAUUUUCAAAUAGUUAUAACUUUUUCAAAAUUUGAC